GUAGUCUGUUGAUAUGGCAAAGGCAGAAGGACUCAAAUAUAAAAUUAUUUUAUAUAACCUAUAAAAGGGGAACUCCGAUUCAGCCGAAGCUAUUCUGGAAUCGACCCCUUUCUUUAAUUUAGAGAAGAAAGCCAUGAAACUGAGACUGAGAAAUUUCGAAUCGAAAGAAACUUUAAGGAUACAACUUCUAUCAUCUUCUUCGAUUCUUCAACUCCAAGAAGCCGUUUUCCCCUGUCUCCCGCUCAAUCCCCUUCAUGUUACUCCCUCUUCUCUCCGUUUCUCCCUCAACGCCAAGGACCUCCUCCACGCGCCGUCUCCUCUGGUUUCCCUCCUUUCCCUCGGUGUUGCUUCCGGUGACCUUAUCUAUUUUUCCCUUAACCCCAACGCUUUUUCUCCACCUCCUCAAACCCUGUUUCAAGAACCGAUCCUAAUGCCAGAGUCCAGCGCCAAUCGAGAGAACCCAGUUCGAGAACCCAUGUUGAUCGAGCCCCAAGUUUCUCAACAAGCUAAUAAAGGAAGGCUCUUGGAGCAUUAUUUAUUGAGGAAGUUUUUAGGGGAAGAACUGGGUGAUAUUCGUAGCAUUCACAACCUCAUGGCGAUGGAAAUCCACGUGAUUUUAUUGGAUUCGGGUUUCGUGUUGUUUGAUACAGUUUCAGGCUUGAAAAUUGAUCGGUUUCGUUUGCCAGAUGAGUCGUCUUCCCCUGUUUCAAUUUGUUAUUCCCUGCCUCAACUUUUGAUUGCCAAUCAUGAUUUUGGGCCUAAUUUAACUGAUUAUAUUGUUUUAAAGUUUCAAACUUUAAACAAUUUUCUCCAGGUUUAUGGGUCUUUAGUUAAAGGGGGUUCGGUAUAUAGAUUGUCUUUGGAUGGAUAUACGUUUGAACCAACUAUGGGUUUACUGUGGGCACGUUGUUUUAAGAAUUACACUAGGACUGAUAAUAAUCAAGAUGGGUCUUAUAUUUCAUAUCGUGAAAAAGAAAUUUUCAAGUUUUGGAAGGUUGUUAAGGAUGGACUUGCAUUGCCAUUGUUGAUAGAUCUCUCUUUUAAGAUUGGAUUGCCUCUUCCAGCUUGUUUCAUGCGUCUCCCAGCUGACUUAAAGCUCCAGAUUCUGGACUCAUUGCCCGGCACGGAUGUCGCAAGGAUGGCAUGCGUUUCAGUUGAGAUGCGAUAUGUGGCUUCGAAUAAUGAUCUAUGGAGGAAGAAAGUUGAAGAGGAGUUUGGACAUUGGUUAGGAGUAACGAGGAACUGGAAAAAGAUAUAUCAUUCAUGUUGGGAGAGUAAGAAGAAGCGUAAACGGGCGAUUACACGGUGGCGAGGCUUCCCUCGUGUCAAUAGGCCUUCUUACUUCCCGGUUAGGAGAGAUCCUAUUCCACUUGGAGGUGUUCAUGUUGUCCAUGAUGAUGAUUAUGACCUUCCUGCUCGUCUUCGUGUACCGCCCCUUCAUCAAUUGCGCCGUCUUCGAAGGCAAGGUUAUGUUGUACUAGACUGAAAUCCUGGCUAGCUGCUGGUCACUCUUCCACUUGAUCCAAAUAGAUAUGGCGUUUUAGGGUAUCAUAUAAAGACCUGACAUGUUUAUGUAUAUAAGAACAUUUGCAUGUUUUUAGACCCUUUUUGAUGCUUGUAAGUGCCAUGAUUUUAAUACCAACUUCUUGUUGAGUGGUGUCAAUGGCCUUUUUUCUUUUGUUUAAUGAAAUGUAAGUUUAUGCUUUUGUAAAUAUGUGUUUGCAAGAUUGGUUUAGCACUUAGACUGGUUGCUGGCUAUGUAUUUUAACCAAUCUUGACCAUUUUACAAUGAAAUUAUGUCUGUGUUGAAA